UUCUCUGAGUCCAGUGCGCAGCGCCCCGCUGUUCUCUCCGCAUCUUCAGCCUGACCAUGCAGGGUUAGGGAGGGAUGGAAGCCUCAAAAAAGAAAUGAGGAAUAUUCCUGCCGCAGUCAUCAGAGCUUAGAAGAUCUCACACUGUAGCCGCGAGAUACAAGUAGAAGGACCUGACUGACUAAAGGCGACGCCACCAUGGGCUGCGUGGGUUCCAAGAAGGAGCAGGAGCCUCUUAGCAAGGGGACGAGUAACAGUGAGAACCGAGCACAGACGGCCCACUAUGUCAAAGACCCCACCUCAGGAAGCAAAGCUGCCAAAAUGCCCUCCACUGCUAACUCUUCAGACGUGGGUGAGAACAUCGUCAUGGCACUGUACGACUAUGAGGCCAUUCACGAGGGAGACCUCGGCUUCAGGAAGGGAGAUAAGCUCAGAAUCUUGGAGGAAUCGGGCGAGUGGUGGAGAGCCAUGUUAAUCAGCACCGGUAAGGAAGGCUACAUCCCCAGCAACUAUGUAGCCAAGGACACUCUGGAGGCAGAGGAGUGGUUCUUUAAAGGCGUAAGCAGGAAAGAUGCUGAGAGGCAGCUGCUGGCCCCCGGGAACCGAGUCGGAUCCUUCAUGAUCCGAGACAGUGAAACCACGAAGGGCAGCUACUCUCUCUCUGUUCGGGACAUUGAUGCCCACUCUGGUGGCACAGUUAAACAUUAUAAAAUCCGAACUCUGGACAACGGAGGAUUCUACAUCUCUCCUCGCAUUACUUUCAACACCCUGCAAGAGCUGGUCAGCCAUUACAAGAAGCAGGGAGACGGCCUCUGUCAAAACCUGACUGUCCCAUGUUUGAGCCCCAAACCUGAGAAACCAUGGGAGAAGGAUGCCUGGGAAAUUCCAAGAUCCUCACUCAAACUGGAAAAGAAGCUCGGUGCCGGCCAGUUCGGAGAAGUCUGGAUGGCUACCUACAAUAAGCACACCAAGGUCGCAGUGAAAACGAUGAAGCCAGGAAGCAUGUCGGUGGAGGCUUUCAUGAUGGAGGCCAACCUGAUGAAGCGUCUGCAGCACGACAAACUGGUUCGACUCAAUGCCGUGGUCACCAAAGAGGAGCCCAUCUACAUCAUCACUGAGUUCAUGGAGAAAGGUAGCUUGUUAGACUUCCUGAAGAGUGAUGAGGGGAACCGCGUCCAGCUGCCGAAGCUCAUCGACUUCUCUGCUCAGAUUGCAGAGGGCAUGGCUUACAUCGAGCAGAAUAAUUACAUCCACAGAGACCUGAGAGCUGCCAACAUCCUGGUCAAUAAGGCUUUAGUCUGCAAAAUUGCUGACUUUGGCCUCGCUCGUAUCAUUGAGGACAAUGAGUACACAGCCAGAGAAGGAGCCAAGUUCCCCAUCAAAUGGACGGCCCCGGAAGCCAUCAACUACGGCUCUUUCACAAUCAAGUCUGACGUCUGGUCCUUUGGUAUCUUGCUGACUGAGAUUAUCAGCUAUGGACGCACACCAUACCCAGGAAUGACCAACCCAGAGGUGAUCCGUUCCCUGGAGAAGGGCUACCGAAUGCAGCGCCUGGACAGCUGUCCUUCCGAACUCUAUGAAAUCAUGCUGGAGUGCUGGAAGAACAAACCCGAGGACCGUCCCACCUUUGAUUACCUGCAGAGUGUCCUGGAGGAUUUCUACACAGCCACGGAGAGCCAGUAUCAGCAGCAGCCUUGAGAUGUGUGUUAGAGAGCUGUUUCUUUCAUAUAAACUGUAACAAGAAGUCCAGUUUCUACAAGCAGCAGCUCAGGACACACACACUGUUUGUUUGCUAUUCUAUGUCUUCUUCUAUUUCUCUAUCUUAUUCACGUGCACGAGGCAAGGCAAGUUUAUCUGUGUAGCAUAACGACAGGGUGAUUCAAAGUGCUUUACAGAAUACAAUCAUACAACAGAAAACAGAAAUAAGGCACUGUGCACAAAUUACAGUACAGUAAAACUUUUUAUCCUUUAAGAAACUAUGCCUGCUCUGACACUUCCAGUAGAUCCUGUGUGAAUAUCACCAUGUCCAGUUUGGGAAGCUGGAUGGAGUUCCCCUUCCUUCUCUUUAAGAAAUGGAAAAUAGUCACUGAGGGUUUUCAAGUGCAAUACAUGACACGGUGACCGGGUGCUGGUUCCACAACAUUUCAGGCAAGUGUGCAUUUCUAAAAAUGCAUUUCAAAAUGCAAGCAUCAAAUGCAAGUUCCACUCUUCUUUCUCUCCAUUGUGUGAGAAUUCCUGCCUUCUAACUUUGGAAUCGCGGAUGGCAUGCUAACGUAUAGCGCAUUCUAGCGUCUCACUUUCCCAAGCACAGCCACUGUGUGUCAAAGACUGCGACAACACCGAUGAAAGCACGUCAUCCGAUAGUUCAUGGAGUGUUCACUCAGUUGAAGACGUUCGUGAUCAUAAACAUUGCACAUAUAUGGUUCCUCUGUGUUCAGAAGGAAGAACGGUUCUCACAGGGGGAACGGAUCUUAACGGGGACAUGCACUUCUGUACCAACCAGGCUGGUGUAUUUUAGCAGAAACUGCUGUUAUGCUGCCCAUGGUAACCAUGGUAACGAGCAACACUAUCUAACAAAAGCAAAAGAAAACAGUUAGCUCUAGGUUCAUCUAGCCAGCACCGUUGACGUGUCGAGGAGAAAGCUGCAACUUUUAAUCUCCUUUUAAAAUCUUUCUGCUUCUUGACUGCUUUCUGCCUGGGGAAGGCUAGCUAGCUCUAUUGUAUCGUGUGGUCACAGUGCUUUUUUUUUGCUUUCUUCGUGACGUUGAAACGGCUCCCAUGCUGCUGCUGCAUAUGUAUGGUCCUGCAUUUUAGUAAAUAUCAAUUUAACAGAUUUUCCAACUUGUUUAUCUUCUCCUGCAUCACUGCGCGCUGGGUCGCAGGGAUUCAGAGUUUGUGUCUUUGUCUCUUGCCCUCAGCUGUAGUUUCAAGAUGGCAGACCCUCAUGGCGCUGACAUAUCGGCUUCAGGCCCAUUUCUGCUCCCUUACGUAUGUAAACAGCUACGUCCGUUUUAAACGUUGUCAUAUGUCUCCAUCUUCAUGCUUCCAUGCACCUUUUAUGUUGCCAUGGUUGUUAAGUCAGUUCCUCCACUAGUGGGCAGCGCUGAGUUCAGAGCUCUGACGUCAGUUUCAGACCCCGUUUGGCAGCGUGUGACGUGUCGCUACAACGUUGUUUCCAACCAUCCAACCCCCCCCCCCGCUGGUAGCAGUCAGCUAUUCUGCUCAGCACUGCCCCCGUGAUUUCCAGUGAUAUUACUCCGUCUUCUGUAUCAAGCGACAGAUAGCUAAGCUCCCUGAACAGAGACCAAAUGAUGCACAUAAUCAACGCAGCAGAUGGACGAAACUGUCCGUCCGUCUGCGUGUCUGUCAUCUUCUUUAGCAGCUUCUUUAAUUCCAAUGAGUUUUAAAGAGACUUCUGUGCCAGCAGCUAAUUUAAAAGCCUCUUUUUUUCUUUCCUUUUUUUUUUUUUUUUAACAAAUUCAGUGCAGCAAACAGGAAUAAAUUCCAGGUGUAAAGACAAGAACACCCUGAGCUUUUUAAAAAAUGUGGAUAUGAGGACCAUGUCUGUGUAUGGAAAUAACCAUGCAUCCAACUAAUGAUGCAACAAGCAAUAAUCCCAAGAGCUUGACUUGAAGGCAGCUGGACGUCUUUUUGUCUCUUAAAAAAAGAGAGCAAAUUGUCUUCGAUUCGAGCACUUACAAUCACUAUGACCAGGAUGACUGAGACUUUACGCCAACAACCAGGCAAUAAUGAGUCUGAGAUUUAGAAUCAGUGAAAAAACACAGCACUUCAUGCUAGAUGGUAACGAGCACUAGUCUGACUAGUAAACACCGUGCAGAUUUAUGUAUGGCAACAACACGCGUUAAAAGGAGCAGCAACUUGCCUCUUUUUAGCUUUAUAGCAUAACUGUAGUCUGAAAUUAAAAGAAAAAGUUUGAGUUUCAGCUGUUGUAGAAGUUAUAGAGAAAAUGUAUAAUAACUAAAUAAAUAUCUAUUACAAGGUGAUUCUGAUGACAUACAAGUUCAAUAACGGAACAGAAAAUUGGUCAAAUGUGGAAGAAUUAGUCAGUUAAAUUAACUUUUUACUGGCAUUCAAAGCAAGCUAAGCCCAUAAAUCUGGACACAGCAGCAGUGAUUAUACAUAGCAUACAGAGCUGAUAAGUAUCUAUAUCUCCAUUGUCAAUGGCAAGUAAUACACCGCAAUGCUGCACCUAUUUUACUUUUAUUUGUUGUUUUUUCUUUGAUUACGAACUGCAUGAUGACUAAUUUAUGCCUCUGUCUCAAGAUACUUGUCCAUAACUAAAAUGAGUUUUACUGAGCUUUGCAAAUGAAGGGUUUGUUUCAAGACAUGACCAGGAGAACUGCUCUGGACAGCCUGGACGGGCCCUGCUUCAGCACGGUGGAGCCCAUCACAACAGGAAGCUUUCCACUUUUCUACUCUUAUCCUUGCUGUAAUUUGAGCACAGUCCCAAACAUCCUAACAGUGUGCACGGUUGUAAAAGCCUGAUGGUUUCACAGAUGCAGCAGAAUGUUUCAGCCCAGGCUUGAGGCACUAUGACAAAGUUAUCUUAACAUCAGUGCACAUUGCACAGCCAUCAAGCACAAGAAAAAUGUUCCCAGGGAAAUGUUUGCAGAGACCUGCUCAGACCAUGCUGGCUGGCAUUAGCAGCUCAUUGUGCCGUUUCCCUUCCUGUUAAACUUUGCAGUGUUCUACAUUGUGAAAGGAAAGCAGGUGUUAACAAAUUUCAGACUAUAGGCUUAAUUAUGCUGAAAUCUUCUGUCUGCAUAUAGUUUCAACGGCGCUGUUUUAACAGAACUUUUAUAGUGCCUUUUGCAGUGGUUUAAACUCUGAUUGCAGGCUACAGUAUAUUCUAUAAGAUUUUAGACAUUUUUCUUUAUAACUUAUUUAAAAUAAAGCUGUGCAUUUUCACGUUUUCAUUUUGCAAAUCGAUCUGAUUUCAAUAAUGUAUCUUAAAUUGAAUUUCCUUCUUAACUGCAAAAGCAUUUUAAUAUAUAAACAUUUAGGUAUUUUUCUAUUUUAAAUUUUUAUUUGUGGAUUAAUGACUGCUAACUUCUCUCUGCUGUUUGAAUCAUGUGUUUCUCAUGUUGUUGGAAGUAGCUGAAGAGAUGUUGUGCAGUGAACCACGUGAACUCAUUACAGGACCAACAUUUGUAAAAGCUUCAAAGGGAACCUGGUUUCAUCCUGUCGGUAUUUUAUUUAGGAAAAUCUGGGAGGAAAUAACAUUUAAAGACAGGGAUUUUUAUCUUAUAUAUGAAAUAUCUGAUGUUAAAUUGACUGAAACAGUGACUCAGUAAUGUAUAUACUCGUUGGUUUAAGAACAUUUCUUUCUUUGUCUGUUUAUGAAAUUCUUGUUUCAACUCUGUAAUGAAAAUAAUUGAAUAAAUUGCUGUUAAAAGGACCCAAAAGUGUAUAAUAGUGUUGUACAUAGAUUUGUAUAUGUUCUUUAUUAUCUGGUAUAUAGAUUUGUCUGUUUGUUUUGCUGUUUUGUUCGUUAUCUGAGUCUUAUCAAUGUGUUUCGGGAUCAAUAAAAGUAUCUA